CGUCUUCCCCAUCCUCCAGCCCGAUCAAACGCCUAGGGUUUCCCCGACCCAACCGCCCGCCCACUGAGCCCACCCCCGAGCUCGUCCGCCGCCGCCAUUGCCGCGGAUUCGCACGGGAUCCCCACCAAACCCGGCCGGAAUCGGCCAAGAACGCGAACUCGAACGCGAUUUGAAGCACACAAGCACCAUAAGAUCGCCGCGAUUCCCCCUCCUCUGCCCUCUUCUAAUUUCCUCUGUUUUUGGACCGCGCGAUAAGAACAGAUCCGCCAGCGUGCAGGGUCUAUCAGACCAGUGCGCGCGCGCGUGCGUGUGUAAGGCACACUGACUCGGACUGAGUUCGGAUUUUGAUUCGUGUGAUCUGUUCUGUUGGUGCCGAGGACAUGAUCAAAUCGAUGGUGUAUUUCGGGCACAUCUCCAUCGGGGAGGUGGAGCUGUCUCCCAAGGGGGAGACGAACGUGGCGGCGGCGCCGUGGGUGCGGGAGAUCCGGGUGGACCGCCUCUCCCCGCCCAGCGAGCGGUGCCUGCCGCUCGCCGUGCUGCACACUGUGUCCUCCGGCGCCCUCUGCUUCGUAAUGGAGUCGAGGCCAAGCCCAGCAACCGCUGACAACGAGCCCCCGUCGUCGCUUGUUGCCAUGCACACCGCUUGCCUCAGAGACAAUAAGACAGCAGUUUUUCCACUUGGAGCAGAAGAAAUCCAUUUAGUUGCAAUGAAACCCAAGAGUAACUUGCCCAACCACGCAUGUUUUUGGGGCUAUAAAGUACCAUUAGGCCUGUAUAGUUCUUGCUUGAGUAUGUUGAAUCUUCGAUGCCUUGGUAUUGUGUUUGACCUUGAUGAAACACUAAUUGUUGCCAAUACCACACGGUCUUUUGAAGACAGAAUUGAUGCACUCCAGAGAAAAUUGAGUAAAGAGACUGAUCCACAGCGCAUUAGUGGUAUGUUGGCAGAGAUCAAGAGGUACCAAGAGGACAGGACUAUGCUAAAGCAGUAUAUAGAUGGUGAUCAAGUUAUUGAUGGUGGGAAAAUGUAUAAAGUACAAUCCGAGGUUGUUCCACCUUUAGCUGAUAAUCAUCAACCUAUGAUCCGUCCUGUUAUAAGGCUACAAGACAAAAGUAUUAUAUUGACACGUAUAAAUCCAUCGAUAAGAGAUACCAGUGUUCUGGUGCGGUUAAGGCCUGCUUGGGAUGAUCUUCGGAGCUACUUGAUUGCAAGAGGUCGGAAACGUUUUGAGGUGUAUGUGUGCACAAUGGCUGAGAGGGACUAUGCCUUGGAAAUGUGGAGGUUGCUUGAUCCUGAUUCUAGACUGAUAAACUCUGUUCAACUUCCUCACAGGCUUGUCUGUGUCAAAUCUGGCUCUAAAAAGUCAUUGCUAAAUGUGUUCCAUGAUGGAUCUUGUCACCCUGGUAUGGCCCUAGUGAUUGAUGACCGUUUGAAAGUUUGGGAGGAGAAGGACCAAUGUCGAGUUCAUGUUGUUCCUGCCUUCUCUCCGUAUUAUGCUCCGCAAGCAGAGGCGAACUUCCCUAUUCCAGUUCUUUGUGUUGCCAGAAAUGUUGCAUGCAAUGUUAGGGGUAGCUUCUUCAAGGAAUUCGAUGAGGGUCUUCUACCAUCGAUCAGUGAAGUUCAUUUUGAUGAUGAAUUAGAUCAUGUUCCGUCUUCUCCUGAUGUCGGAAAUUAUUUGAUUUCAGAGGAUGAGAAUGCAGCAAGUUUGAAUGUGAACAAAGAUCCGAUGGCUUUUGACGGUAUGGCAGAUGCAGAGGUUGAGAGGAGAAUGAAGGAAGCAGUUUGCAGUGUGCAAGCUGCAGAUCCAGUGACAACAAAUGUUGACGUGAUAUCAGUAGCUGCUAACCAGCAAUUUGCUACAUCUUCAUCUAUUCCGUUAGCACCACCACUGGGCGUGGUGCCUUUGAAUAACGAUCAAGGUCCUCAGCCUCCUUCAGUCAGCUGGCCUGAUGCUCAAUCUGGUAUGGUGGAUCCUUUGCAAGGUUCUCCAGCUAGAGAAGAGGGUGAGGUUCCUGAGUCUGAGUUAGAUCCUGACACAAGGAGAAGGCUUCUGAUAUUACAGCAUGGCCAAGACACAAGAGAUCCCACACCACCCUUUGCUGCAGAACCUUCUGUACAAGCCUCAGUUCCUCCAGUGCAAUCUCAGGGAAAUUGGUUUCCUGUAGAGGAUGAGAUGGACCCAAGAAACUUAAAUAGGACUUCAACGGACUUUCAUCUAGAAUCUGAUGCCGUACAUAGUGAUAAAAGCCAACCACCACAUCAACCAUACUUCCCUGCUCGUGAUAAUCCUAUAUUUUCCGAUAGAUUAAAUCAUCAGAACCAGAGAUAUUCUUCUCAGCUACCUCACAGUGAGGAUCGUCAAAUGCUUCAGAACCAGGCACCUACAACAUAUAGAUCAUUUUCUGGCGAGGAUAUGGCAACCCAGCGUUUUCAUCCAGGUAACAGAAGCAGCCAAAUGGAGUCAGGACGUCAAUUUGUACAAUACACAGAGACAUCUGGUGCUGUAUUGGAGGAGAUUGCAGCGAAGUGUGGAUUUAAGGUGGAGUACAGGUCAACUUUAUGUGAUACUACAGAGUUGCGAUUCUCCAUUCAGAUUUGGAUUGUUGGAGAAAAAGUAGGUGAAGGAAUGGGAAGAACAAGGAAAGAAGCUCAACGACAAGCUGCUAAUAUAUCAUUAAGAAAUCUGGCAGAUAGAUUUCUGUCAUUUGAUCCAGAUAAGAUGACAGUUCCGGUGGAUGAUGGUUUUAGUAGCAAUCCAAACUCAUUCAAAUAUAGAGGGAUUGAUGGAGAUAAUAUAGUACCAGUUGCAAGCACGUCGGAUGGGUCUAGAUAUAUGCACGAGAGAGUUGAUAACUCAACCAAAUCUGCUGGUUCUGUUGCUGCUCUUAAGGAGCUUUGUACAGCUGAGGGUUAUAACUUAGUUUUCCAAGCUCAGCCAUCUCCAUCAGAUAGUUUGAGAAGGGAAGAAGUUCAUGCUCAGAUUGAAAUAGGCGGGCAAAUCCUGGGAAAAGGAGUUGGAGUAACAUGGGAGGAAGCUAAGGCUGCUGAUGGGGCUCUCGGAACUCUGAGAUACAUGCUUGGUCAACGUCCACAGAAACGGUCUGGAUCUCCAAGGUCAUUCGCAUCCAAUUAUAAUAAUAAGCGCUACAAGCCAGAUUUCCAGCCAAUGGUACAAAGGAUUCCUUCUGGCAGAUACUCUAGGAAUGACAGUCGUGUUCCCUGAUUGUUUUGUCUGAAUUCUGUGGACACGAUUCAUCGGAAAUUCAUUGCAAUCUGUGACCCCCGAAGAAGCUCCGUAAUUGCAAGUUUGAGCGAGAUGGCUGUGAAGGCAAGAAAUAACUGUACACGCCCUUAGGUCUUGUUUUCGGUUUCUGAGUUCCCCUUCUUGCCCCACUGCCAUUUCCGAGCUAACCCCCAGCAGGCGUGGCUUGCACGGAGUUGUUGCAAUCUGUUGCCCAAGUGAGCCCGCGAUGCUGUCAUAUGACUUCCCUCGGAUCUGUUACCUGUGAUUCCCCAGCUGACAGUUGAUCUUAGAGCAGGAUGGCAGUGCAACUGGUUAGGAGAGUUUUUCUUGUUGCAUACCAGGUUACCACUUACCACUGUGUUGCUCCUCCAUAGUGUAUAGACUUGGAGGCGGAGCAAUUUUUUUUUCUCAUUCAAUUUUACGGUGCAGUGUUAAUUGGUCGGGUCACUUCUGUAACUUUUAUUACGAGAUUUGCUUCUACCGGUGGCUGCCGUUUUUCAGGCCCUCGGGCAGCUGAGACAGGGUGAAGGGAAGUUAUAUUGAUUGUCGAAAUCAUAGUAACGUGAGUGGAUUUUUGGGGCCAUGAUACACGUGCACCGGUUUGGAUGCUCCCCAUCUUGUAAUGAACGACACCGGGAUUUGUUCUAGGAGGCGGUGAGGCAGCCUAUUGGAUCGGCCAUGCAAUACUAUUAACAACAUUCCUCUAUAAAGUUAGCUUGGCUGAGUCAAAGGACUACGCAUAUCAAUCAAGGAUCUUGAUGUCAGAUCCAAUUGUGAUUA